GGCUUGUGGGUAGCGGCUGCGCGCGGCCGGAGACGGGCGCCGCGCGGGAGUGUGUGAGGGGAGCGGGCUUGUGGGACCGAGGCGGCCGCGGCGAGCAUGGGGGCGGGCUGGCGGCGGCCGUAGUUGUCUGAGCCCGGGCUUCAAGCCUCCCGGAGCCCCAGAGGGCGGGGCGUUCCGGGCCCGGCGGUGGCCGCGCCGCUUCCCCGCUCCCGCCCUCGGAGUCCUGAGGGAGCCCGCGGCGGACGAGCGGACCGGGCGGCGCGAAUCUGACUGAGGGGCGGGGACGCCGUCUGCUCCUCGCCGCUCCCGGCCGGGCCGGGCGGCCCCUCGGACGGCCCCAGGCCCCGGACCGGCGCGGAGACCCGAAGCCGGGGCUAGAGGCGGGCGGUGGGCCCUGGCGGAGCCCCGCCCGGGGCCGGCGGUUCGGGGGCGGCGCUAGGCCCCGAGGCGCCCGGGCCGGAGCGCGGGGAGCGGGGAGUGCGGGGCCGGGCGGCGGCGGCAUGAGCCGGCCCCCGGCGACGGGGAAAAUGCCCGGCGCCCCCGAGGCCGUGUCGGGGGACGGGGCGGGCGCGAGCCGCCAGAGGAAGCUGGAGGCGCUGAUCCGAGACCCUCGCUCGCCCAUCAACGUGGAGAGCUUGCUGGAUGGCUUAAAUUCCUUGGUCCUUGAUUUGGAUUUUCCUGCUUUGAGGAAAAACAAGAAUAUAGAUAAUUUCUUAAAUAGAUAUGAGAAAAUUGUGAAAAAAAUCAGAGGUCUACAGAUGAAGGCAGAAGACUAUGAUGUUGUAAAAGUGAUUGGGAGAGGUGCUUUUGGUGAAGUGCAGCUGGUUCGUCAUAAGGCAUCACAGAAGGUUUAUGCUAUGAAGCUUCUUAGUAAGUUUGAAAUGAUAAAAAGAUCAGAUUCUGCUUUUUUCUGGGAAGAGAGAGAUAUUAUGGCCUUUGCCAACAGUCCCUGGGUGGUUCAGCUCUUUUGUGCUUUUCAAGAUGAUAAGUACCUGUACAUGGUAAUGGAGUACAUGCCUGGUGGAGAUCUUGUAAACCUUAUGAGUAACUACGAUGUACCUGAAAAGUGGGCCAAAUUUUAUACUGCUGAAGUCGUUCUUGCUCUGGAUGCCAUACACUCCAUGGGUCUCAUUCACAGAGAUGUAAAGCCUGACAACAUGCUCUUGGAUAAACAUGGACAUCUCAAGUUAGCAGAUUUUGGCACAUGUAUGAAGAUGGAUGAAACAGGCAUGGUGCAUUGUGAUACAGCAGUUGGAACACCUGAUUAUAUUUCACCCGAGGUUCUCAAAUCACAAGGGGGUGAUGGUUACUAUGGGCGAGAAUGUGAUUGGUGGUCUGUGGGUGUUUUCCUUUUUGAGAUGCUGGUGGGGGAUACUCCAUUUUAUGCAGAUUCACUUGUAGGAACAUAUAGCAAAAUUAUGGAUCAUAAAAACUCACUGUGUUUCCCAGAAGAUGCAGAAAUUUCUAAACAUGCGAAGAAUCUCAUCUGUGCCUUCUUAACAGAUAGGGAGGUACGACUUGGGAGAAAUGGGGUAGAAGAAAUCAAACAACAUCCUUUCUUUAAGAAUGAUCAGUGGAAUUGGGAUAACAUAAGAGAGACGGCAGCUCCUGUAGUACCUGAACUCAGCAGUGACAUAGACAGCAGCAACUUUGAUGACAUCGAAGAUGAUAAAGGAGAUGUAGAAACCUUCCCAAUUCCUAAAGCUUUUGUGGGAAAUCAGCUGCCUUUUAUAGGAUUUACCUACUAUAGAGAAAAUUUGUUAUUAAGUGACUCUCCACCUUGCAGAGAAAAUGAUUCAAUACAGUCAAGGAAAAAUGAAAUUCAGAAAAAACUAUACACGUUAGAAGAACACCUUAGCACUGAGAUACAAGCCAAAGAAGAAUUAGAGCAGAAGUGCAAAUCUGUCAAUACUCGCCUUGAGAAGGUAGCAAAGGAGCUAGAAGAGGAGAUUACCUUAAGGAAAAAUGUGGAAUCAGCAUUAAGGCAAUUAGAAAGAGAAAAGGCACUUCUUCAGCACAAAAAUGCAGAAUAUCAGCGGAAAGCUGAUCACGAAGCAGACAAGAAACGAAAUUUGGAAAACGAUGUUAACAGUUUAAAGGAUCAACUUGAAGAUUUGAAAAAAAGGAAUCAGAACUCUCAAAUAUCCACUGAGAAAGUAAAUCAACUCCAGAGACAACUGGAUGAAACCAAUGCUUUGCUGAGAACAGAAUCUGAUACUGCAGCCCGAUUAAGAAAAACCCAGGCAGAAAGUACAAAACAGAUUCAGCAGCUGGAAUCUAACAAUAGAGAUCUUCAAGAUAAAAAUUGUCUGCUGGAGACUGCCAAGUUAAAACUUGAAAAGGAAUUUAUCAACCUUCAGUCAGUUCUAGAAUCUGAAAGGAGGGACCGAACCCACGGAUCAGAGAUAAUUAAUGACUUACAAGGUAGAAUAUCUGGCCUAGAAGAAGACUUAAAGAACGGCAAAAUCUUAUUAGCAAAAGUAGAGAUGGAGAAGAGACAACUACAGGAGAGAUUUACUGAUUUGGAAAAGGAAAAGAACAACAUGGAAAUAGAUAUGACAUACCAACUAAAAGUUAUACAGCAGAGCUUAGAACAAGAAGAAGCUGAGCAUAAGGCUACAAAAGCACGGCUGGCAGAUAAAAAUAAAAUUUAUGAAUCCAUUGAAGAAGCAAAAUCAGAAGCCAUGAAAGAAAUGGAGAAAAACCUCUCAGAGGAAAGGACGUUAAAGCAGAAGGUGGAAAACCUGUUGCUGGAAGCUGAGAAGAGAUGCUCUAUAUUAGACUGUGACCUCAAGCAGUCACAGCAGAAAAUAAAUGAACUCCUUAAGCAGAAAGAUGUGCUAAAUGAAGAUAUCAGAAACUUGACAUUAAAAAUAGAGCAAGAAACUCAGAAGCGCUGCCUUACACAAAAUGACUUGAAGAUGCAAACACAGCAAGUUAACACACUAAAAAUGUCAGAAAAGCAGUUAAAACAGGAGAAUAAUCAUCUCAUGGAAAUGAAAAUGAGCUUGGAAAAGCAGAAUGCUGAACUUCGAAAAGAACGUCAAGAUGCAGACGGGCAAAUGAAGGAACUCCAAGAUCAGCUUGAAGCAGAGCAGUACUUCUCAACUCUCUAUAAAACACAGGUGAGAGAACUUAAAGAAGAAUGUGAAGAAAAGACCAAACUUUGUAAAGAAUUACAGCAGAAGAAACAGGAAUUCGAGGACGAAAGGGACUCCUUGGCUGCUCAGCUGGAGAUCACCUUGACCAAAGCAGAUUCUGAGCAGCUGGCUCGUUCAAUUGCUGAAGAGCAAUAUUCUGAUUUGGAAAAAGAGAAAAUCAUGAAAGAGCUUGAGAUCAAAGAGAUGAUGGCUAGACACAAACAGGAACUCACUGAAAAAGAUGCUACAAUUGCAUCUCUUGAAGAAACUAACAGGACACUAACUAGUGAUGUUGCCAAUCUCGCAAAUGAGAAAGAAGAAUUAAAUAACAAGUUAAAAGAUGCCCAAGAACAGCUAUCGCGGUUGAAAGAUGAGGAGAUAAGUGCAGCCGCUAUUAAAGCACAAUUUGAGAAGCAACUAUUAACAGAGAGAACACUGAAAACUCAAGCUGUGAACAAGUUGGCCGAGAUCAUGAAUCGAAAAGAACCUGUCAAGCGUGGUAGUGACACUGAUGUGCGGAGAAAAGAGAAAGAGAAUAGAAAGCUACAUAUGGAGCUUAAAUCUGAACGUGAAAAAUUGACCCAGCAGAUGAUCAAGUAUCAGAAAGAACUGAAUGAAAUGCAGGCUCAAAUAGCUGAAGAGAGCCAGAUUCGAAUUGAACUGCAGAUGGCCCUGGACAGUAAAGAUAGCGACAUUGAGCAGCUGCGGUCCCAGCUCCAGGCCUUGCACAUUGGUCUGGAUAGUUCCAGUAUAGGCAGUGGACCAGGGGAUGCUGAGGCAGAUGAUGGCUUUCCAGUUCAUAUCACUCAGUCACGCACUAUGGAAUCCCUGUCAUUCACCUACCAACGUUCCUCUACUUCUCUCAAUAUUGCCACUAAGCCUUCCAGUUCUCAUAUGCUUCUUGACUCUGAUUCUGACUCAGAAGAAGAAUCUUUGCCUUACUUACCCAUUUCAUCGGAACCUGAUGGUACAGAAUCAAGACUAGAAGGAUGGCUUUCAUUGCCUGUGCGAAACAACACUAAGAAAUUUGGAUGGGUUAAAAAGUAUGUGAUUGUAAGCAGUAAGAAGAUUCUUUUCUAUGACAGUGAACAAGAUAAAGAACAAUCUAAUCCUUACAUGGUUUUAGAUAUAGACAAAUUAUUUCAUGUCCGACCAGUUACACAAACAGAUGUAUAUAGAGCAGAUGCUAAGGAAAUUCCAAGGAUAUUUCAGAUUCUGUAUGCCAAUGAAGGAGAAAGUAAGAAGGAACAAGAAUUUCCCGUGGAGCCCGUGGGAGAAAAGUCAAAUUAUAUUUGCCAUAAGGGACAUGAGUUCAUUCCUACCCUCUAUCAUUUCCCAACCAACUGUGAGGCUUGUAUGAAGCCUUUAUGGCAUAUGUUCAAACCCCCCCCUGCGUUAGAGUGCCGCCGCUGCCACAUUAAAUGUCAUAAAGAUCACAUGGACAGAAAGGAGGAGAUUAUAGCACCUUGCAAAGUUUAUUAUGAUAUUUCGACGGCCAAGAACCUAUUGUUAUUGGCAAAUUCUACAGAAGAGCAGCAAAAGUGGGUUAGUCGGUUGGUGAAAAAGAUACCUAAAAAGCCUCCAGCUCCAGACCCUUUUGCACGGUCAUCUCCUAGAACUUCCAUGAAGAUACAACAAAACCAGUCUAUUAGACGGCCGAGUCGACAGCUUGCCCCAAACAAACCAAGAUUGCUUGAUUUGGCAUUUAAAGACUGGGAUUGGUCAUUUGAUGAUGUUGAUGGUGGUGAUGAUGAUGACGAUGUUUUUGAUUUCUGAAGAAAUAAAUGGGCUAGCUGCCUUCUGUGAAUGCAGUUGUUAUUCAAGGUGGUCAUAUUCUUCCAGUUAAAACAAGACUGAAAUAUGAUGGCCCAAAAUUUCUUAAAAAGCUAUAUUUUCCUGAGAGACUGAUACACACACACACACACACACACACACACACACACACACACACACACAUUUCCCUUUAUUCCUGCAAUAUAAAUUAUAAAUCUUGGGAGAUUUUCUGCUCUCCUUUGGAACAACAUGUUGAACCAACAGUGAUUGGUUAAUAGAGUAAGAAUAUCAUGCAACUCUUCCAAAGCUGUUCCAUGAAGCUCUCUUGGCAGUCACUCACACUACAUUGCACAAAAGGCUUGAGAAGAGUUAAAGAAAUCAUCUUUUCAGCUUCAACAGAGAGAUUUCACCAGCACAUUCACCAGAAGAGUCUGGGAAUGGGUUCCACUACAGUGAUGGAGACUGCAUCUUUAAGAAGUGACCAUUAUACUGUGUGUGUGUGGGUGUGUGUGUGGGUGUGUAUGUAUAUAUACAUAUAU